UAAACAGCACCCAAGUUCAAGGUCGAUCUAGCUGGAGGCCACUGUUUAGCAGGUGAUGAUGCUGUGUUGACUGUACUCACUGCUAACUUAGUGUCAGCAAAUAACUACCGUGCGUGAUACCACGUGAUGAAGCCGGUACUGUUGCCAAACAAGUAGGCAGGACUCUGCCAAGCAGGUAAAGAUCUGUGACUCUCUACCAGGCACACAAAGGUCUGGGAAACUUCUACGGACAUGGCAUCCUUCCUGGAUUUCACAUAUGACUGUCUGUACCACCUGAAUCAGUACUUCAAGGCAUCAUGGCCUGUCAGAUUACUGUUCAGAUCCCACCUCAAGCCCCUGUCUCGUGAAACAGAACUCAAAGUGCUGAGGGUGAUUGACCUUCUCAAGCACAAGAAGGACCCACAGGAAUCCAGCAUUGGCAAACUGGUAAAGGAGUUACCAACAGAUGAGAAUAUCCUGUGUGUGAAAGACCAAGUUAAUGGAUACAAUUUGCUACAACUUGCGGUAAUAAAUGGCCGUAAGGAUAUCAUCAUUCUUCUCGCUAAGAGCAAGGUUAUUCGCUAUCACACGAAGUGCAGUCCUCCUCUGCACCUGGCAGCACACUUGGGCUAUGAAGGAAUAUUGGAAAUUCUCCUGAAGAAUGGAGCAGAUGUAUGUGAAGUUGGAGGUCUUUGUUACCCAGGUCGGCAUCAAGCAGUGGAAUAUGCCAAAUGGAUGGGAAUGUUAGAUCGACCUGUGUUUGCUUGUCAGAAAGAACCAUCCCUGCCAGUGUUUAGUGCAAUAGCUGAAAAUAAUAUUUCUUGUGUGAAAUUGAUUUUGUCCCAAAUGACAGAGCAAGGUGUACCUUUGCCCUUGCCAUCAGUGUGUCUCCAUUUCUCCUGCCAUAAGGGAUCUGCAGAUUGUAUCCAAUAUUUCUGCAAGAAAUUCCCAGAUGAAGUUAAUUCGUUAGACAAUGAAAUGGACACUCCUCUACUAGCAGCUGUUGGUUGGGGAGAAAAGUGUGUGAGGAUUCUGAUAGAACAUGGAGCUGAUGCCAGAGGUAUUUCAAGAAUGGGUGAAACAGCUCUUCACAGACUGUAUAGAAAUGAUAUUGAUGGGCUAUUCACGAUUUUUGAAACAACAAAAUUUCUCCUGACAACAGGAUUGGAGCAGAUGAUAAACGAAGUAAAUAAUGACAGCGAAACUCCCCUGCAUGUUCUUGUUACACACGUGGGCUACAUUGGAGGUCAUCUUCUCCACAAGCAAGACCAUGACCGUCAUGUAUCUCGAGGCGAAAUGCAAACAGACUAUCAGGAACAGAUCAUUGGUACUUUAGAAAUGCUUCUUCAGUUCAAUGCCGAUCCUCACUUUGAAAACCGUCUUUAUCUUACACCUAUCAAUAAACUUUUACACAUUGCUCUCAAAUCUUUCUGCAGCCAGCAACAGACAGCAACUUCUUGCAUCCGGGACUCCAUCGACACACAGUAUUUAUACAAGAACGACUUUGGCUAUUUGAAAAAGGCAGUAGAAGUUCUACUGAAACAUGGAUCCAAUCCAAACUCACAAUGUCCUGUUGGUCACACACCUCUUAUUCUUUUACUCCAAUGUCUUGCAGAAAUGGACAUUGACGAUAUCUGUCUUGAACAAAAAGGUAUUCUGGAGACUAUGGAGGUCCUUCUUUGUCACGGUGCUGAAACAAACUUCAUGUAUGGGGAACAUGGUACAUGUUCUACACUGCUAUCGGAGAUUGCGAGUCGCUACUUUGGUGGCCAGAGGUAUUUACCACCGAUCCAGAAAGAUAUUUUGGCAAUGUAUGCUCGUCUUGUGAAUCAGGUGCUUGAACUUCUGUUGAAAUACGGAAUGAAUCCGAAUCGUGCGUCCAAACGAAAGUGCAAACACUUACAAGGCGGCUCAGGAAAUGCAUUAAUUGACUUUGUUCGAUUGGCUCAACAGGCGAACAGCACUUCAGACUUUGCAGUGAUAAGACAAUGGCUCAUAACACUGUUCCAGUGGGGUGCAGACCCUGACUUGGAACCAUAUGCCUCUGAGCCCAUUAUCUGUCAUUCACAAAGCUCCAUAUUUCUGAAACGCCAAGGCACACAGGCUCUCAAUCACUAUAUUUACGAGGUGAAAGAGUUUGACAGUCUUUUUGAUGAUGGGCAUGCGCAGGACCUGCUGCUUCUCUUUUGUAACACCAUGAGUCAUUGUGCGUUGUACGACUGUCUCAACAAUGCUAGAUUCAUGGCACGUUUCCACCCCCUGGGCGCCACUGGACACGACUUUGUCAGGUUGCUCACAAAACUCAGCGAAAAUCCUAGAACUUUAAAGGAAAUCGCACGUGUCGCCAUCUAUGCUGCCUUGAGGAGAGACUUAGCUAGGAAAGUGUCGGAGUUACCAUUACCAAACCCAAUGAAAUACUACCUACUAGAAAUCCAGUAGUGAAUGUGAUCAAAGACAAGUGACUAAGCGCUUCUAUAACACGAUUGCGCUCAUCACAGGUUUAUAGCCGCGUUAUGGUAUUUGUAUUAGAAAGAUAAAAAUCAUCUUUGUCAUCGUACGCAGUAAUGGUGUUGCCAUCAAUCUAUGUUGGUAACUUUUAAUUUUAAUUUAUCAACCGUCUGACGAUAACAGAGAACGCAUGAUGGGAGUGUGUUAAUGCUGAUUAUUGCUGACAUUGACGAUAUGGUGUUCAUUGGCGACAAAUUAUGUUAAUAUUUUCUCAAAAGAAAGAAAUGUGUACCCUUUUCCAUUUAGAUAUUAUAUUUUCUCAACUUCAUUAUGCACACAUCAUGUGCUCACUGAUCAUGCAUGCACGGCUGUUGAUAAUUGAUAUCAAAACUAUCGGUCUCGUCCUAAUACGGGAAAGCUGCACUUAAUAGCUUAUGUCUCGUAUGUUGACAAAUUAGGAUAUUACACAAUAAUGCGGUCUCCCACACAGAAAGGUGACGCAAACAAAUAAGAGUUACACAUACAAAUCGUUAUAGCACACGCACAAAUAGACGAAACAAUGCAAUCAACAUGCUAAUACUACUUUAAUUGGUCGAUGCACCGGCAACACAUUCCGAUUUAAAUCGCUACAGUGGUAUAUUAAAAAUAAAACGAGUGAUCAUGUUACAGUGGUGGUAGAAUUUCCUUGAAACUGAAAUGAAAUAAUGUUAAGAAAAUAUCCAUCUCGUUACAGAUGAGAUCUUGAUCGUAGUUGAACGAAAUCCAGAUAAUGUAUAUGCGGGCUAGAUUCAUCCAGUAAAUGCUCGAUUUUAUACAUUGAAUUACAAGUGCUUUUGUAUUUUGUUGUACGGUGUCGCUUUUAAUUAGUAAUUACGGCAUGUAACAAACCAUUUAUACUUUAUUUAUUACUGUUAAAGAUGUUUAACUUUCUUAAAAGGUUUUGAUUCCAUGAAUCUAUAGAAGAAUAGUGCAUUCUUUAAUAAACUUGACAAUUUUCA